ACGUUAGCCACCAGACCGUAGUCCGAAUGUUGCACCUGACAAGAGACAAGGUUCGAGAUUGGUACAUAAGUUGCAAUAAGUUACUGCAGCCUACGUUUCCGGACAGAAUGCGAUGUUUAUUGUGUUGUCUGGUACAUUUGUGCAGUAUUUCCAUGGUGUUCUCCACGACGGAUGUGACGAAACAUCCAAAUUGGAUGCUGUUGGAACAUACAAAAUGUGGGAAUACCAAUAGCGACCGUAUUAUCGGCGGUAAGAAUGCGAGCCUGGGCGCGUAUCCUUGGAUCGCGAGAAUUGGUUAUAGCGGUCCUAGCACGGGCGGCAAAUUAUCCUACAGAUGCGGCGGCAGCUUAAUCAAUCAACUGUAUGUAGUCACGGCCGCCCAUUGCGUAACGAAUCUGCCCGACAGUUUCAAGGUCAGUGGAAUUCGCGUGGGUGAGCACAACACCCUGACCGAUCCUGAUUGUGAGAAUGGCUACUGCGCGAAACCGGUGCAAGAUUUUCUGCCGGAAACGAUAAUUAUCCAUGAAGAUUACGAUAAGCCGUUGUAUAGAAAUGACAUAGCUAUUAUACGGCUAAAUAAACCAGCAAUUUAUAACGAACACGUGAGGCCGAUAUGCAUGAUGAGUGGUCAACUCCUGACGAAGGACUUUGUUGGCGAGAUGGCGGAAGUCGCUGGUUGGGGGAUAUACGAUAUCAACGACCCGAUGCCCAGCAUAAUCCUGCAGACGGUGAAACUGCCGAUCGUCGAUACGAACAGAUGCAAGAUGUCCUUCAGGAGCUACGCAGACAUUGGCGACAAACAGAUGUGCGUGGGCGGUGUUCUCGGCGAAGACUCCUGCGGCGGCGACAGCGGCGGGCCUUUGGUGAAAGUGAUAAGCCAAGAUGGUCCGCCGAGAUACUACUUCGUCGGCGUCGUCUCCUUCGGCGCGAAAAAUUGUGGUGGCUCCUCGACACCCGCAGUUUAUAGCAAGAUUACCAUGUACACCACGUGGAUUCUGGAUCACAUCUCCGCGUUUCUAGCGUUGCUGAUCGUCAGCAUCGAUGCACAAUACCAGCGAAACGGUCAACGAGGAUGCGUGGUAAACAAUCAACAGGGUACAUGCAUACUCGCGCGCGAUUGUCCGAUGGUGGCAACCAUCCUGCAGCAAUCUCGUGAGCAGGCCAUCUCCUAUCUGAGACAGAACCACUGCGGUUUCGAAGGCUCGAAUCCGUUGGUGUGCUGCAUUACUGAUAGUAAUACGAACGUUAACACUCGUCCGAGCGGCACCGAGACGAACCCUGGUACACCAUCGAAUCCACCUCCGUCGCAGAAUGGUGAAAACCUUGCCAUGAUCAACCUAGCCAGUAAUCCUCAUUUGCCAAGCGUCUGUGGCCGUGAUCUGUCGCAGAGGAUCUACGGCGGUGAGCGUACCGAGCUCGAUGAGUUCCCCUGGAUGGCGCUCUUGGAAUAUCAGAAACCUAACGGUAGAACGACGGCGUGCGGUGGCGUGCUCAUCAGCAAGCGCUACAUUCUCACCGCUGCUCAUUGUAUCAAAGGCAAGGAUCUGCCGCCCAGUUGGAGUUUGACCAGCGUUCGCCUCGGCGAGUACGACACCGAGUCCGAGAACGAUUGCGUCAAGGACAGCGAGAAAACCACGUACUGUUCCGACGAUCCCAUCUCCAUAGGUGUCGAGGAGCAAAUCGCUCACGAGGACUAUCGGCCGUUGUCUAGGGAUCAGAGUAAUGAUAUCGCGCUGCUGCGUCUCAGCCACGAUGUGCCGUUCACCAAGUUCAUCAAGCCUAUCUGCUUGCCGACCAACUCAUCUAUUGGCAACAAACUUUUCGUGGCCGGCUGGGGCAAGACGGAGACGCGCUCAUCUUCCAAUAUCAAGUUGAAAUUAUCUUUGCCACUGACGUCUAAGGAAGAGUGUGAACAGACCUACGGUGUCGCAGGCGUCAGACUGGGAUCCGGGCAGAUCUGCGCGGGUGGUCAGCGCGGCAAAGACUCGUGCAGAGGCGACUCGGGUGGUCCUUUGAUGGCCGUCGAGAGAAUGGUCGAUGGGACCGGCAGGUGGACUGCUGUAGGCGUAGUAUCCUUCGGUCCGUCACCUUGCGGCAUGGAGGGCUGGCCCGGCGUGUACACCAAAGUCGUCCAGUUCGUUCCCUGGAUUCUUAGUAAAAUAAGAGCGUAAAGCAGAACAUUUAUUAAUGAAUAUUAUAUACGUAAAAAGAAUGUGAUUUGUGAAGAAAGUCAUUUGUUAAUGUUGUCCAAUUCUCACAAGAAACCAACAAUGUAUGUUGUGCGAAAUGUAUUUUAAGUAUGUAAAUGUAUUUUAAGUCUGAGAAACGUUGCAUCUUUUGCAGAAAUAAUUAUUUUUAUUGAUAUUUUAUAAGUCUUCCCCCAUGAAUAUACUCAUGAAUAUACUGUAAAUUGCAUAUUAAUUAUAUAAUCAUACAUAUUUGAGACACAUGAGAAGUGUGCAGAACUAAAGAGAUAUUGCUCAUAUCUUACCUGCAUUUACAAUGAUAUAUUUUCUAAUAAUACUUUUAAACAUUUUUAGCGAAAUGAAUUUUAUUCAAAUAUAAAAGUGCGAUUGAUUGUACUUUUCUAUUUGAAAUAUUGAACGCAAAUUAAUUGUCAAGUUAAUAUUGCGAAAAAUGUUAUCUUACAAAAUUAUCAGCGUGUAAAUACUAAGUAUUCUUUUUAAAACUAGCGGUUUUAAGAAAUAAAAAAUCUAU